CGGGGAACGCUGGCUUCGGAGCCGGCGACCACCCGCCAUCCUCUCACUGCGAUUCGCGCACCGCACGGCCGCCGCGGCGCACGUGUACCGCGGCCCUUUAAAGUUAUAGUGCCGAGUUCGCGCGCGAACGCUUGGACUCAGAUUUUCGUGUAGUGAAUGUGGAUUUCCUUUCGGUGUUAGUGUUUUAGAUUAAGUGUUCAAUUUACAUUUAGUGUUUCAUAACAUAUUAGUGUGUAUUUGUCUAUUAUUAAUGUUAGUAAAUAAGUAUGUUAAAUUGUAAAUAUAGAAUAUGUAAACCAUCUAUCGCUUAUUCUAUGACAAUUCACACAACUAUACAGUGAUGUGACUAAUAGAAUCGCGAGUUUUACGUUCUAAUUUCAAACUGUGACGUUUAGUGCGCAAAGAUUAUGGAGCGACCAGUACGCUCGGUGUUUUCAGACGGUUAGUGCCUAAUAACGAGCGGUAACAUGUCGUUGCCAAUGAAACGCUCGUUCAGCUCGGAGGGGGGGCCCACUUCCAAACGCGACUGGAAGAUGAGGCUCAGCUUGCGGAGUCGCAGCGGACACAGCGUCGAAGCACUGCGCGGUCGCCGAUGUGCCUCCUUGCGCUCGGCGGCGACCCCGGUGCGCGGCGCCGACGACUCCGGCCGCAGUACCCCCUCCGCAGCACACCGCGCCUCACCGUCCCCCGCAGACACCCCUGCACCCAAGAAAUCCAACUGGGAGGUCAUAGAGCACUUCUCCUCGAACCGUAGCAAGAAAAGUCCUACUACUGUGGAGUCGGAAGGCGGCGGCACGUCGUCACCACCCACGCUUCCACUAUGCCCAGCCGGCCGGCCAGAUGCAGAUGUGCAACCGCUACUUAGCGAUGAGGCCGGCAUGGAGGGUGCUGGUGGCAGCGGCGGCGCAGCUGACGGCGGCGACGACGAGGACGCCACCUGCUGGAAGAGGUGCACCCGGUCCUGUCCGCCGCCCGUGCGAGCGCUCUGCUCCUCACACCGAUUCAAUAACCUACAUGUGGAGAUGUUGUACCAGCGCUACUUUCUCCGCAUGAACCAAACGAAUAUGACACACUUGCUGGGACUCCUGCUGGCAGUGGCAGUGGCACUGAUGGUCGUGCAGCUACGAACAUUGCUGCUGGCUCAGAACUUCCUCAGCGGAAUGAAGCCCACUACCAACGCGUCAGCCCUCGCCAACCCUGAUUCUUACAGCCACAGAUAUGGAGCUACUACGGAACUAUCCAAACUGAGCGUACUGGCCGACCGAGACCCUUUCGGCGCCAACUCCACCUACCUCAAACGAGUCUACUACGAGAAGGAACGCAUCGCACAUAUCGUCAAUAUUGUUCUACUUGGAAUUUCAGCGCUCGUAUAUGCAUGUCUACUGGCGUGCUUAAGCCGACCUGCCAUGAAUGAGAUAUACCUGUUGACCAUCUCUUACGUGGUGCUGGUCACUUUCUUGCUCAUCGAACUAUCACUGGCUAGCACCUCCGUUCUCAGGUCGCUGAGCGUGAGUGCAGGCGCGUGCGCACUGUUCACCUACAUAACUUAUGCGACGCUGCCGGUGCGGCUGCACGAGGCCACGCUCGGCGGGGUCGCGCUCGCCGCCGUCAACAUCGGCGCGCACCUCGUGCUCGACACCACCACCGACAUGCAGAUAUACUGCAGCCUGGCGACGCUGAUAGCAUGCAACGUAUCCGGCGUGAUGACACACAAUCCACGAGAGCUAGCGCAACGUCGCGCCUUCCUCGAGACGCGCGACUGCGUCGAGGCGCGACUCGUCACCCAGCGGGAGAAUCAGCAGCAGGAGCGGCUGCUGCUGUCGGUACUGCCGCGACACGUGGCAGUCGAGAUGAAGGCGGACAUCGCGUGCCAGCCGCGCCAGGAGCAAUUCCACAAGAUAUACAUACAGCGCUACGAGAACGUCAGCAUUCUGUUUGCGGACAUAUGCGGCUUCACGUCCCUGUCGGACCAGUGCACCGCUGAAGAACUGGUCCGCCUUCUCAACGAACUCUUCGCCAGAUUCGACCGUCUGGCGGCUGAACACCACUGCCUCCGCAUCAAGCUCCUCGGGGACUGCUACUAUUGCGUGUCAGGACUGCCGGAGGCGCGCGACGACCACGCCAAGUGCUGUGUAGAAAUGGGACUCGACAUGAUAGACGCUAUUGCACUGGUGCGCGAGGUGAUGGCGGUAAACGUGAACAUGCGCGUGGGCAUCCACACGGGCCGCGUGCACUGCGUCGUGCUGGGGCUGCGCAAGUGGCAGUUUGACGUGUGGUCCAACGACGUCACCCUCGCCAACUACAUGGAGAGCGGUGGCGUUGCCGGCCGCGUUCACAUCACAAAGGAAACGCUGCGAUGUCUCGGCGAUGACUACAAGGUGGAACCAGGGAUGGGUGGCCAGCGAAACGCGUACCUCAAGGAUCACAACAUCGAGACUUACCUCAUUGUGCCGGACGAUACCAGCCGAGUGGACAAGAAACCGCAACACACCUUCUCGAUCAAUGGGAAUGUCUCGAAGGAGAUGCGCGUCAUGGGACACGGCUCACAGCACGGCAAACACUCCACCAACUUGCCUCUAUCCAGGAUCGGAGUUGACGCCGGCAAUGAGAACAAGAAACCGGAAGAUGAAGUCAACGAAUACCUGAUGAAGGCAAUCGACGCGCGUUCCAUCGACCGCCUGCGCGCCGAGCACUGCCGCCCCUUCACGCUCACAUUCCGCGAUCAAAUCCUCGAGAGGAAGUACACGGCCGAGCGUGAUCGCAUGCUGAAAGUAUACUUCAUCUGCUCCCUGGUGGUCUACAUCGCUGUCCUGAUCGUGCAAAUGCUCGCCUUCCACAUCACUCUCCUGGGAUUUAUCACGAUUGCAGCGUGUGGUUUCAUUCUGGUCACAGUCACUUACGUCAUCAUCUGCGUGGAUUUCAAGUUCACGGGGCCGUGCCUGCGUCGGUUCUCGGAGCGCGUGCACAACAACCGUACACUCGCGCAGGCCUUUUCGUUCCUGGUGGUCGGCGCGCUCAUCGUGCAGAUACAAGUCAUCAUGGUGCAGAGCAUGUACAAAGGGGUUAAUCGUAAGGAACUAGUAACAGACAAUGAUGGAAGUGCAUUCUGCCCGUAUGACAUGAACGAGUACUACCUACAGCUAACUUUGAUGGCGAUGUUCCUCUGCGCGGUGCACCAGAUCCUGAUUACCAUGGUGAAGACGUUGCUGCUACUGGUCAUUUCUAUCACCUACAUUAUUAUCACCACACAAGAGCAUCUCUACUACCGCAACUAUUUCUUCAACUUCGAACACAGAUGUGGCCUCGACUGGAACCAGCAAUGGAUGAAUAUUGUGAUCGCCUUGGGUGCUACCGUUGCCUUGAUUUUGCAUUCCCAACAGACAGAGAGCACUUACCGUCUGGACUUCAUCUGGAAACUGCAGGCAAACAAUGAGAAAGAAGAGAUGGAACAUUUGGAGGCCUACAAUCGCAAGCUCCUGGCAAAUAUUUUACCGGAACAUGUCGCCCAACAUUUCCUCGGCAGCGAUAAAAAUAUUGAUGAACUAUAUCACGAGCAAUGUGAGUCAGUGUGCGUAAUGUUCGCAUCGAUCCCGAAUUUCUCCGAGUUCUACGUGGAGUUGGAGGGGAACAACGAGGGGGUCGAGUGUCUGCGGCUGCUCAACGAGAUCAUCGCUGACUUCGACGAGAUACUCGCCGAGGAGCAGUUCAAGUACAUCGAGAAGAUCAAGAGCACCGGCGCCACCUACAUGGCUGCUUCUGGCUUAACGGCGAGCACACGCGACCUCCGCGGCUACCGCCACGUGACAGCGAUGGCGGACUACGCGCUGCGCCUACGUGAGCAGCUGCAGUAUGUCAACGAGCACUCGUUCAACAGCUUCCGCAUCCGUAUAGGCAUUAACAUCGGACCGGUGGUGGCUGGUGUGAUCGGCGCUCGCAAGCCGCAGUACGACAUUUGGGGGAAUGCGGUCAACGUUGCGUCUCGAAUGGACUCCACUGGGCUCCUCGAUCAUAUCCAGGUGACGCAGGAGGUGUACGACAUCCUGUCGACGCGGGGGUACCGCCUACGCUGCCGCGGCACCGUCGACGUGAAGGGCAAGGGGAACAUGGUCACCUUCUUCUUGGACGGCGUUGGAGACACCGCUGAGCCCGGCGCCAGGGAUAUUUACAACAAUCCCACACCGUCGACAUCCGCGGAGGGUGACGAGAACGGCAACGAGCCUGAAGGCAAUGGCUCACGACCUGAACACCGCCCGCUGGAGACGCUUUCAGAGGGUUGCACCGAUGAAGAUGCAGGACCGUCGCCGAGAGCAUCCAUCCCUAGAGAAAAUCAAAAUGGCACAGUGAGCCCACGGCUCACCAACGGCGGCUCAUCGUCCCGCGAGAGCGUCGCGAGCGCGGUCCGAGCGCGGGUGCUCCGGCGCCUGGAGCGGCCGCGGUCGCUGGCCGACGCCGCCACCCUACCGGCCAUGCUGUCCCAGUUGCACAACCGUACGUAUUCCACCGAGUUACACUACCGCGACCAGAAGAACAAUUCACUCCGAGAUGUGAAAACAGCAGUGGUGGAGUCGCGCAGCAGUGGCGAGAUCGAAGCGCUGCUAGAGGGCCACGGGCCACGCCGCGCCGCCAGCCUCGCCGACAUACUCUUCAGGAAGAAACAGAACAGGAUGGGCACUGUCAGUAUCAUCGAAAAUCCCAUGAACGCUAUGUACGAUUUCAACUCGAAGCUCACGCCGGAGGAAACAUCUACUGGCUAAACUCCAGACGUUACUCGUAAUACGGCCGAUCCGUAAACGGCCGAUUUGAAUUGCUUUAAGACAACGUGAUCACUUAUUGUUCUUUUCUAAAAACAAGUAUUUGUAGAAAGUAUUCAAUUAUUAAAAUUAAUUCAAUUGUUUAAAUGGUCUUUUUGAAGAGAAUUUCAAGUGAUAAACUCUUGAUAGGAUUAACAUAAGUAUUGUAAACACCUAUGUAUGAAAGCGUGUGUUAAGUAUAUAAAUACUUGCCAUAACAAAAUAAGGAAACGUAGAUACGUACUAGAUGUCUAGUGAAUAGGACUCUGACUCUGCAGAGACAACAUUACUCGGCCAGACCCCGACCAGACAAGACUGAACAUGACCGCCGACAAUGAACAUACAACGGAACGUGACGGUCACGCUUCUAAGAUAAUCGAUGUGCUUACGAAUUUAUUGAUAUUACAUGUAUAGACGUAGUUGUACGCGGUGUGAGUCUGAUGCAUUCACAUGUACAUGAUUGUGAUAGGGUUGAGCGCGAGCGUAAACUGAGCGCAGGUCGAGCGGCGAACGAACGGCCGAGCGCACGUUGAGCGUCGACUGAGCUUGAUUAGUUGUCGAGCGGCCGCUGGAUACAGGUUGAGCAUCGACUGAGCGCCAGCGCAGCGUCAACCUACAAUUAUUAUUAGUGCCAAGUAGCGGAUGCGCCCUACGUCGUAAUUCUAAUAUAAAUAGUUAAGUCGAAUAUGGAAACGUUUUGAAUUAUUGGAAUGAUUUAUUUAGUAUAUAACUAUUAUACUUGUAAUUAAUUGAUGUAUUUAGUUCAUAGUUUAUUAAUAAGGUGAUAUUAUACUAUCUCAUAUAUGUACUUAUGAUUCGAUUGAGACUUUAGUUUGCUGAUAUCGAGUGCUCUCACAGUACUCAUUAUGUAGGUACGUAUAUUGUUGAUUAUCCAAAUGUGUAUUUGCUUAUUUAACUGCUGUUAACAUUAUUUCGCUACAUAAUUGAACGAGAAUUCCUCGCUGUUCCACUUCGAAAACUAUACUCUUUUAUUGCAUCUAUACUACGUUUUAAUUUAUAUAUAUCACUGUAUAAAGCUUACAACAAUAUCCAAAGAAUAGUUAUUCACUUUAUUGUAGUAUUAUUGUGUAAAUAGCGCGUCACUGCGGUGUCCGACGGGAUCCGGAUUGUUACAAAUACAGUGCACAUUUUAAGAGGACUGUGCGUUUAUUUUUUCCUUAUAAAUUUUUAAUAUUAUCAAUUGCUAUUCAAAGUCAUGCGUAUUUAACUCCGCACACAGGAUUAUCCCGCAAGUAUGAAAAUUGGCGGGUCACAUGUAAAACAUAUCACAUGCUUGCUCUCCGUGUCCGGGAUUACUCGCGAAGCGAUACGAGGAUGAUAUAGGUAACAAUAUGACCCGUGGAGCUUGAUAACAUCCUGACACUGUAAACUCUGUAUUUCGGUUUACGUGUCAGCUAUGAAAACCGUGCUGUUUAUAAUUUGCAUGUAAAAAAUCACGUCCAAGUGACUCGUUUGGACACCUCUCCGCGUAGCCAAAUGUAAUCCUUAGAAUUACAAUUUAUUAUAACAAAUAUGUAUACGAUUAUUGUAGUGUAACUAAAAGUGGAUUAUCGUUCAUGCACGUCUCUCGUCCGUGGCCCCGCUCUCCGUUCCUCCCUAUGAGUUCAGGAGAAGCAGCACAGCACGCAUAGUCAAUAUAAGGUAAAAUUAGAUAGGUCACAUGUAGAAAACAAUGAGCUUUCUCAGUCUUUAAAAGACUUACUCUAUCUAUAUAGUACGUACGUCUGAUCUUUCGAACGUGUGGAGGUCUCCACGGUCUUAUUUCCAGCCCCCGUUGCCCUUUGCAUCACCUGAUCCUGCAUGAAAUGCUCAAGACCAAAUCCUCGGGUCCAAAUAUUAGAUAAUAUAUAUUUUAUUUGUUGAAUUAUAGCUGAUAUAAUAUAUCCUAUAUAUUGAAAAGUUUAUAAAUUAAUAUAUGUAGUUGGUCACGAAUACACGAAAAUGUCGAGACAGAAGGUGCAGCGAGAAUUGGUCGUGCAUGCAGUACUAUAUACAGAUGCAGAUAUACCAUGCAAAUAUAUUAAACUACCAGUCGUGGCAUUAUAAAAGCUAUACAGUGACACCACUCACCCCCAUAUGAAAAAGCCAACUUUUUUUCUUGUCAUUUCUCAAAACUCGAAUGGAAUAUUUAACCAAAGUCAAGGCUAAUUGGGGCAGAAAAAUUACACUUAAAGUACCUACAAUUACAGCAUCUAAAUUAAUAUUUGUGCUCAGUGAUAUUUUGGCACCAGUUUCCAGUAUUCAAUUGUUUUCGAUACUUUCAAUAUGUGACGCGUAUACUGGUAGUUUGGCCUCCUUUUAUUAAACUGAGGAUCUCUAUCCAAACAUCAGUGUGGUGCAAGAGAGAAUCUCUGGAUCCAAUCCAUAGAUAUCUUAUAGAGUAUUGGAUACACUCACUCACGCUUCCGUCGUGACAGUCCCGCGUGUAUUCACAUUGUGUGUUUUUGUUAAUAUAUACGUGACUAUUUAAUAUUAACAACUUUUAGCAUCCAUUAUUUACAGUUCCCGUACCUAGUAUUAUACGACGUAGUCGAUAUGGAAUUAUAAAAAGAGUUGUAAACCCUUACAUUGUGAUGUUAAGAUUACGUUUAGCUUGCCUCCCGUCGCAGAUGUGCUUGUCGUGAUAGCAGUACGCCGGUACGUCGGUAUAUUGUUGCUAAAAAUUUAUUCAUAUCGUCUACAUAUAAUAAUAACCUGCUGUUGUAAUAUAUAUAUAUACAUAUAUAUAUACUGUUUGUACAUAGUUGUAAUCAUGUAAUUUAUCCACCUAGUUACGAAUUGAGACCUUAACCUAUCGAGUCAAGUGCUAAAUAAAUUGGGCACCGCGCUCGUUAAUUUUACGAUAUUUUGAUUAACAUAAUCUGAAGCUAAGUAUUUUUCGAUGUUCUAUACGUAUUAAUAAGUUAUCGUGCCAAAGUCGGCAGCCAGCGACAGUAUUAUUGUAAGAUGUUCUACCAAUACCUCUGUACUCUUUAUAACCAUCGGUACCUUAUCCCCCCCCCCAUCCCCCACCAGUCAAUUCCCUUCCCCUUGUUCACGAUUAUCUAUAAAAAUAUAAGAUUUAUUUACAAAUAUAUAACAUUCUAUGUUAGUGUUUAAAUGAACAAAUAUCAAUAUAUUUUAAAUGUACCAAAUAACGAUCCAAAUAACUUUUACAUAUACAUAUGUACAGUAUUAUGGGCUUAUUAAAUGUUCACAUAUCAUAACGGACUGUAAAUGCUUUUAUCGAAAACGAAACGUUAGCGGCGCUACUCGCCUACACUAGAAUUUUUAACUCGCUCUAUUAUAAAAGAAAUAUAGUCGAUAAUAGUUAAAAUAUAACUCUUACAGCUAACAUUUCAAUAAAACCAGAGGGCCUACCAUGUGAUAUUUUUCGAAAUUUCGGCGACGAACGAAACAGACGUUUGAUGUUAAGACUACAUGAUACAUAAAUAAUUUAAAAUUAUUAAAAAUGUUAAAAUAUCGUUUAUCUAGACCAGUGAUUCUCAACCACUGUGCCGCGACACUUUUGUGUGCCGUCAAAUUUUAAAAGUGUGCCGCCAAAUUUAGCAAAUAUUUAAAAUUUUUGUCAUAAACUAUUUAUGCAGUGUGUUGUAGUAAGUAAAUAAUUUUUAUCUUUUCCUUUGUGUGCCGCCAAAUUUUUAAAUCGUUAAAUAUGUGCCGCAACAAAAAAAAGUUUGAGAAUCACUGAUCUAGACUAUUAUGGUAGGAUUUUUGAUGAAUGGAAUGUUAAGCUCCAUUUAGUCAUUUACUGGGCCGAUUUCGGUACGAACAAAGACACGAAAUUGAGCUCGAAAAUUCGGAAUUUCAAAUCACGAUAGACCCCAGGUGUACGAUGACGUUUGCGGCUCUGUGAUUACGUCGUUAUUUAAUCAAUAUUUCAUGGUUGCAACCCUAAAAUUACUAAAGAAUGACGACUUUAUAAAGUCAUAGAACUCACCUUACUAUUCGGCAUGUAAAGUUUUUCAAAAUAGUUAUAAUAAUUUUAAUUGUUAUUAUUAACUACAUGCUUACUAAAUUGAACAUUGGAACAGUAUGGAAACUGAAUUAGAAUUUAUUGUGCACGUGAAAGGGUAAUUCGAUCUUGCCUAUUAACUUGUUAAUUAAUAAGGACUCCAAAGAUCAGCUCUAUCCCAACUGUGACUCUAAUAUCGAAGACGCUCGUUUCGUAGACAGUUUGUAAAUUAUUGUCUUAAUAGUCCACCAAUUUUAUUAUAGAAUUUGUAAUAAUAAAGAAAAACAUUAGUAUCGCAGUUUCCAUAUUGAACGCUUUAUGGAUACCCAAAUGAUAUCAGAUACUGCUAACAGAUCCAUUAGCUCGGUAUCUUUUGUGUAUUAUUUUAUUGCAACUAUUUAUAAUGCCGUUUACAUAACAUGUGAUGAGUUAUAUAUUCUAGCAGGUAGGCACGUGGGUAGCGCGUGUCAACAGCGCGGCAGCGGCACGUGACAGUAUCGGUAACUGCAACAUGUACCAUAUAUGUUAGAUAAUAAUAAUUGUCUAUUAAUGGAAUAAGAAACUGUACAAAUUAUUUCAACACAAAUCUGGAUCUUCCAUUGUAGGCCCGUUAUAUAAAGUUGUCGUAUACAUUGCACUACACUGUAUAUUUAGCGGGCAAUAUGCAAGUGGGACGCUGCAAUAUUAUAAUAUUUACAUAAGACAUACUGUUAUUAUACGUCGGUGUUGUGUGCUCGGUCGUGUUACAGCGGCGCUGGGCCGCGCGGACGGCGCCGCGCCGCCGCCGUGACACCCGUACCGUACUGCUACUCGUAAUAAACAAUUAGUUUAUUAAAUUAAAUAAACACGCAGAUGUAUACUUAAUGUAUCUACACUUCAAACCAGGUUCAGAGUCGCACUAAUCACAAACAAAAAAUACAAUACAAAACAAGAUAAAUUUAUUAAAAAAUUAAAUAACCCCCGACACAAAAAAAUACCUAUAAGAAGUAAAUGCCCUGAUCAUUACGUCUCUGACACGUACUCAUUGAGACUAGAUGACUUCAAAAACACUAUAUCUGCUGUAAAUUGUAUGAGAGUUGGGAGUCCUGCAGACGCCUUGAUGCUAUACUAUCAGGCCAAGAUUACUAUGGCAUGGAAAUAGCGUGAAACUAACGGUACAACCAAUUUUAAAUUAAUCUAACUUGUGAAAAUUGGGGUAAUCCCUUCGUCGAGUACAAAAUAAGUUAUAUAUUUUCAUAAAUUAUAGCCAAGAACCAUCUCAAACACAUCAGUUUUAUAUGAAAAACGCAUCAAAACUAACCAUCUGUUUGGAAGUUAUGAUGCCACAGACAAACACAUAGAUAUACAGACACGUUACACUUACAACACAACUCUUUCGGAUCGGGGGUUAAUAACUGAGUAAUAUUAUAAAAUCGGUGCUUGAAAUACAUAAAAAAAACAUGUUAACCCAGGACCUGAUUUAGAUGAGGCGCCAGAGAAUGGGGAAAUGCUCAGAGCGGGAAAAUGAAUUGAUUGCCAAAUAAUAUUAUAAAAGGUGUCAAAAUUCAUUUUUAAUCGAAGCAGCGGAACAGCUAAAUUGGGCACUGUGUUAACCCCUCUGCCAGACUCUGGACGCUGGCCCUUCAACUGUACGUACGCUCAAACGCACUAACAUAUCCCACUCGCUUCUGUGUAUAACAAUUGUAAGAGCCAAUCAUUUCACACGGACGACAACAAAAUAGCUCGAGUGAGUGGUUGUGCUCAACUCAUAAGAAUUUUAUUAGAUAAUUUCUGAUUGUUAUUCUUUGUUAGCACCGAGUCACUGAAGUAGUUCAAUAUUACAUACUAUUAUAUAUACCAGAGGGAGACUUUGUACAAAAGUCGAUUGCUUGGGUACCUCUGUCCCAUUCGUGUUUCAACCGUGAAGCAGUUGUGUUUGCAUGGCUGUGUUUCGGUUUAAAGGGUGGGAUAUGACGUGAAUUUACUGGGUACAGAGGAAUAACAUCUAAGUCCUUAAGAAUGGCAACGCAUGGGGGUUAUCAUGGGCGAAACAGUAUGUGUGUGUACUGUUAUGUCCAUGGUACUGCUCAUGUCUAUAGGCGACGGUUACCACUUUCCAUCAGGUAGGCCGUCAGCUUGUUUGCCAUUCUAAGUUGUAUUAAAAAAAAAAUCUCGUUUGCAAAUAGCCCAAGAGACGUAUUCAGUGACUCGACAUUAUCAAAGGAACAAUGUUAAUGUAAAUUUUGAAUUAAUUCCAUAAUUUAAAUAUACGGAUCAGUAUGUCAAUAUAUGUAACUGACGCCUAAAUCCACUAAUACAGUAAACGAACGAACUGUUGUUCUCAAUAUGUCAUAGUGUACCAAUAGUGUAUGUUACCAUAAUUAUCCAGCGCACAGUUUUUAAUAUUUUCGAUGUCCCCUGCCCACAUAUCGUCCCAUAAAUUUGCAAGGACAUACUGUACUAGUUAAUAAUGUUAAUGAUAUAAUUAUAUGUGUUCUCUCGAAUAGGUUCCAGACUGUCGGUGACAUCCCAUGUUGUGUCGAGCGUGGUACUAUAUUCUAUACGAGUAUUGUUACUGUCACUCUGUGAGUGUCUCUGGCGGCACAAUUAAUUUAAUAGAAAUACGUAUUUAAAUAUAGUUAUUAGUGUCUCUUAAAAACCUGUAGAUAAAUAUGUGUUCCAUGUACCUACGGACCAAAAAAAUAACUUCAAAAUGAACUAACGUACAAUUUAUUAGUUAUUAAUUUACUUUCAACUUGUACCUAAGUGAUGUUUACAGAUUAUUUUAAUUUAAAAACUACAAUAUCCAUGUACGACGGUGACGUCUAAGCCAUUUCAUGGCUUGGCUACGUCUCCAUGGGACGCUAUUUAUUGGUUUUUAAGAUCACACCUCUAAAUGGACGUCGUUGUAUAGUCAUUUUAUAGUUAUGACUCUAAAAAACAAAACAGUGACGUAUUUUUGGAGUUGCCCACGUCGCCAUGCUACCUAGGUAUACGAUUAUUGUUUUGCUCUUCGCAUUGUAAAUUUGUAAAAAAAAAGAUAUCCAAAAUAAUGUUUACAGAUUGUUUUACUACCACUACUAGUUGAAUUGUAUACUUUAUUGUUUAAAAUUAAUUCCAACACAAAUGAUGAAAUAAACAUAAUCCUUUCUCCCACAUAAUCGAGUGUUCACACACGGUGCAAAUACUGUAUAAUUGUGUAUGUGAAUAUCUCUGUAUCUGGUAGGAGAUACUUUAACACGUAUAUAUUCAUUACAUCCCACAAUCUAUCUGUAUCAGUUUAAUAACAAAUUAUCGUUAAAUAUAUAUUUAGUGACGUUAUUUGUAGUGUUGUGAUAUCGUCAACGUGCAAGACAGUCUUCUUUCUUGCCAACUACUUUGACAAUAUCGUCCGGCCGUCGAUCUGGUUUACAGUCUGCCUAGUAUUCUAUACAGAUCUUUGUCAAUUUGUCAAUGUUGGCAUCAUUGCGACAUAAUCUUUACCCAACUUCUUUCAAGUUGUCUAAGUGGCCAGCCCAUCUCCAUUGUAGCUUCCUAAAUUCAAUAUUUGGAACAUGAUCAGACAGUCUUAUUGCCUCAGAUACAGAUAUCUUAAUAAAUUUCUGUGUUCACUGCGCCGUGUGUUGUAACUAUAUUAUGACUUUUAUAUUAUUUAACAUAUUUAUAAAAAAUAAGCUACAGUUUUGACCGCUCUAUAUAAAAUCUGUAGCUUUUUUUAUAAUAUAAAAUUAAUUGUAAAUAUUUUUAAGAAAUUAAUUGUAAUUAGUUUGAAUAUUGUAGCUCUCAUGACCCAAUCUCUCGAGUUUGACCGCCACACUUUUAUUUAUACAUUUAUUAAACUAUGUGAUAGUCAUAACCGGAUCAUGAUCUAAAUGGUACGAUAAGUACCAUAUCUGAGGUGUGGCCUACAUGCGAUCUCAUCAUGUAUUCCCGUAAUAAAUUUAGAAAUGAAAUCUAUGUCAAUCUGCUGUUAUAUAUAUAAUAUAAAACUUCAAAUUACAAGAUCUAAACGUUGCAUGUAACUGCAACUUAAUAUUAUUGGAUUUGUGAGACUUGUGUGCAUUAUACAGUCUCAAUAGACUUUUAAUAAGAGGCAUAAGGCCACACUUAAGACGACCUGCAGUUAACCUAUAUUUCGAUCUCUUAGGAGCUUCCUUUGCCUCUUUAUAAAUAAGUGUUACUAUUGUCUAAAAUUACAAUUUGUGCCGGGAGAUACUGACAUAUAGUAUAAGUUGUGUAAACUGUCCUCACUCGAAGGCCUAACGUAGAGUCGAGUGUGUACCAAAGUACCUUACCUACCUCAUACAACAAAAACGUUGACUGGUAUAUUGUCAGCCGACUUCAAAAAGUGAGAGGCUCUCGAUUGUAUUAUUUUUUUAUUUAUAUUUCCUCCUAACUCCGUUAAUUGUAAAACCAUUUUGUAAAAUUAUUUUGUUAUGUGAAAGGAUAUGCUUGCAGAUUGGUCCCAUUUAUCAAAAUUGGUAGAAAAUUAACGAAAUCCAUUCAGUAGUGUUGCCAUAAUUGAAGUCGGUUUUUAAUGUGAGACACAAUUUUUAUUUUAUAUGUCAGAAGUAGUACCAACAGACUAAAAAAAAAACAGUGGAUAAAAUAAUAAAAACUACACCGCACCAUUUACCAUAUACUCACAUUAUUAUUUCAACUUGUUACCAUCGCUGUGGCAAAUAAUACAUUUUUUUUUAAAUAGCUUAUCAUGAUUUUAAUGGUAAUUUACGGGUAUCCCUAGCCCAUAAACAGCCCAUAGACAGGUAUAUAGAGAAUUCCCAGAACUAUUAAAUGUCUUGAGAGACGUUAAGAUAUUAGUAAUCUGUUAAAAUAUCUGACGUCAAAACGAUAUGAAACAGAUUUUAAUUAUUUAUAAAUGUUACUGUUAUAAAAAAUACUUUAUAGUUUUAAGAUAAUAUAAAUUAGAAUAUCUAUGUUUUUAUUUUCAUAGUUAUUUUGACGAGUGAUUUUUUUUAAACUGCACACGUGGAUUUCAAGACCUAAAUUGAUUACUACUAAAUAAUAACGUGUUUCAAUAACCAUUGCAGUAUUAUAUGACUCUUGUGUAAUAAAUGACUUGUUUAUAUUUAAAUUUGUACAUUGGGCAAAAUUUUGUAUUUCACAUAUUAUACGGCCCGCCUGAUACAAACCGCAAUACAUUCAGUAUACAGAAAGUUAAUAAAGGGGCACCUAUCAACGUUAUUGUUGUGUGUCUAUAAUCUAAAAAGAUUACCUAGUAGGUUACAUUACUUUAUUCGUGCUAACUAUGGAAUAAAGAAUUUUCACUCUUAACUUGAACGGCACUAAAGCAGGAGAGUUGUCGGCAGCGCGGUGCUUCUGUAGAGACCUCAUUGUAUCCCACUUUAAUAACAAUUAAGCUUAAUAAAUUAUUAAUAAAUUAUAUAAUAAAGGCCAGACAGGCGUUAAAAAAGAUCCAAGAAAGAUAAAUCGGAUUUUAAUUACAAUAAAAAACGAAUGAGGUUGAAUAUUGUAAGCACAUGAAGUUAAUCACGCAUUGCGAAUUUUCCCGCGCAUUUUUUUCGCACACAAUUCUAAGUGAAUUUAUCACACAGUCUCGCAUAAAUAAUAGUGCAAAUAAAUAAAUAUUAAUUAUACGAUUCAAUCUGCCGGAAAAAAUUAAAUGCACGGGGACAAUUUUAAAAUAUCAAAUGCAUUACUAAAUGAGUAAUUAAGACUGCGCAACUUGCUGACCGCUCCCUGCGAUAGUCUCUGGCUAAAUUCUGUACAAAUGUUGCAUAUUGUUAAUUCCUAGAAAUCAAUAAUCUGUACUGAUGUUACCUAUCACACAGAAUUUAGCCACGAUUUCUUUAGAGUUUACUUCUAUUUUUAAUAAAAUAAAUAGUACUGUCUCGAUUUUAUUACUUACAAAUGUAUGUACCACGCCUUCUUUCUAUGAUAAACUGUCAAAAUAUUUGUAAUAAAUGGUGUUACGUGUAGUG